GCGAGUGGGUACAGUGCUCGUGUGUGAGUGUGCGAGUGGGUACAGUGCUCGUGUGUGAGUGUGCGAGUGGGUACAGUGCUCGUGUGUGAGUGUGCGAGUGGGUACAGUGCUCGUGUGUGAGUGUGCGAGUGGGUACAGUGCUCGUGUGUGAGUGUGCGAGUGGGUACAGUGCUCGUGUGUGAGUGUGCGAGUGGGUACAGUGCUCGUGUGUGAGUGUGCGAGUGGGUACAGUGCUCGUGUGUGAGUGUGCGAGUGGGUACAGUGCUCGUGUGUGAGUGUGCGAGUGGGUACAGUGCUCGUGUGUGAGUGAGUGAGAGGGUACAGUGCUGGUGUGUGAGUGUGCGAGUGUGUGAGUGGGUACAGUGCUCGUGUGUGAGUGUGCGAGUGGGUACAGUGCUCGUGUGUGAGUGUGCGAGUGGGUACAGUGCUCGUGUGUGAGUGUGCGAGUGGGUACAGUGCUCGUGUGUGAGUGUGCGAGUGGGUACAGUGCUCGUGUGUGAGUGUGCGAGUGGGUACAGUGCUCGUGUGUGAGUGUGCGAGUGGGUACAGUGCUCGUGUGUGAGUGUGCGAGUGAGUGAGAGGGUACAGUGCUGGUGUGCGAGUGUGCGAGUGUGUGAGUGGGUACAGUGCUCGUGUGUGAGUGAGUGAGAGGGUACAGUGCUGGUGUGUGAGUGUGCGAGUGAGUGAGAGGGUACAGUGCUGGUGUGCGAGUGUGAGAGUGAGUGAGAGGGUACAGUGCUGGUGUGCGAGUGUGCGAGUGUGUGAGUGGGUACAGUGCUCGUGUGUGAGAGUGAGUGAGAGGGUACAGUGCUCGUGUGUGAGAGUGAGUGAGAGGGUACAGUGCUCGUGUGUGAGUGUGCGAGUGUGUGAGUGGGUACAGUGCUCGUGAGAGAGUGCGUGAGAGUACUUGUGAGUGACUACACGAGAGUGCGUGAGUGAACGAGUGUGAGUGACUACACGAGUGUGAGUGACUACACGAGAGUGUGCGAGAGUACUUGUGAGUGACUACACGAGAGUGUGCGAGAGUACUUGUGAGUGACUACACGAGAGUGUGAGUGACUACACGAGAGUGUGCGAGAGUACUUGUGAGUGACUACACGAGAGUGUGAGUGACUACACGAGAGUGUGCGAGAGUACUUGUGAGUGACUACACGAGAGUGUGAGUGACUACACGAGAGUGUGCGAGAGUACUUGUGAGUGACUACACGAGAGUGUGAGCGACUACACGAGAGUGUGCGAGAGUACUUGUGAGUGACUACACGAGAGUGUGAGCGACUACACGAGAGUGUGCGAGAGUACUUGUGAGUGACUACACGAGAGUGUGAGUGACUACACGAGAGUGUGCGGGGCUGCACGCGAAGUCGGUGCUCGUGAGAGGGCCGUGCCAUGAGGCCGGGCACGGCGCACUCGCUCGCCUCGUCACGGCGCCGCACGCGGGACGCGCUGGGGGUGCGCGGGGACCCCGGGGACCCCGAGGGGGGCGAGGGGGGCCCCUCUUCUGCGGCCCCCACCGCGAGCUUCUCGGCGCUGCUGCUGUCGGGCCGCGUGCUCGCGGGGCUCAGCGCCGCGGGGUUCAGGGCCCCCUCGCCCAUCCAGCUCAAGGCCAUCCCCCUGGCGCGCUGCGGGCUCGACCUGGUCGUGCAGGCCAAGUCGGGCACAGGGAAGACAUGCGUGUUCGCCACCGUGGCCCUGGAGGCGCUCGUCUCCGAGAACCUUGCCGUGCAGGUGCUGGUGCUGGCGCCGACGCGCGAGAUCGCGGUGCAGAUCCACUCGGUGAUGUUGGCCAUCGGCGCGCACGUCGAGGGCCUGCAGUGCCACGUCUUCAUCGGCGGCACGCCGCUCUCCCUCGACCAGCAGCGCCUGCGCAAGUGCCACAUCGCCAUCGGCUCUCCCGGCCGAGUCAAACAGUUGAUUGAGCUGGGCCACCUCUCUGUGGGUGCGGUGCGUCUCUUCGUGCUGGACGAGGCCGACAAGCUGCUGGAGCAGGGCAGCUUCCAAGAGCAGAUCAACUGGAUCUACUCGAGCCUGCCGGCGAACAAGCAGGUGCUGGCGCUGUCAGCCACCUACCCCGAGUCGCUGGCGUCACACCUCACCCACUACAUGCGCGAGCCGACCUAUGUGCGCCUCAACCCCAGCGACAUGGCCCUGCUCGGGUUGAAGCAGUUCUACAAGGUCGUGCCAUGCCAUGCCAUCUCACACCACAUCCUGCGCGACAAGACCCAGGAGCUGCUGCAGCUCUUGUCACGGAUUCCCUUCAACCAGGCGCUGGUUUUCUCCAAUAUGCACAGCAGGGCACAGCACCUGGCGGACUCUCUCUCGGCACGUGGCUUCCCAGCUGCAUGCAUCUCUGGGGGCAUGACCCAAAGCCAACGCCUUGACGCCAUGUCCAAGCUGAAGCACUUCCAGUGCCGCGUCCUCAUCUCCACUGACCUGAUGGCGCGCGGCAUCGACGCCGAGAAGGUGAACCUCGUCAUCAACUUGGACGUGCCCGAUGACUGGGAGACCUACAUGCACCGCGUGGGGCGCGCCGGACGCUUUGGCACAUAUGGGCUGGUGGUGACGUACUGCAGCCAGGGCGAGGAGGAGAACCUGCUCAUGAAGAUCGCUGCAAAGUGCAACCUCCAGCUGCAGGCCCUGCCCGAAACCAUCUCGUCGGACUUCAUGGCCGAGGCGUUCGCUGACCAGGAGGAGGACGCUCCCGGGGAUCUUCCAGUGGCAGCCGUUGUGCAGCCCCCCGCGUGGGCCUCGUCGCGAUCCUCCUCGGCGAAGCACAAGGCGCGACCGCAAGUCCCGGCCCAACGGGUGCGGGCCGAGCACAGCGGGAAGGCCUCAGCUCGAAAGCAGCACAAGGGUGGGGCACCUCACCCGGCCGGGCCCUGGGAGGAAGACGAACCCAGCUACAGGAGGGUUGGCGCAGGGGGUUCGAGUGAGGCCGCACGGCCGGCUCAGGCCGCGACCAAGGUUCGUGUGGCUGAGAACGGCGGCGGCGGUGGUGGUUGCCUGUCAUGGCAGCCGGCCUCACUCCACCCGCUUCCUCCAAAUCGGCUGCGAGAAGCCGGCAGCUCAUCGGAGAGUAACUUACCGCAAGUUCCUCCCUUGGCUUUGUUUAAACGAAGCUCCUCCACGCAGAGCGGAAAUUUCGCAGAGGCGCUCGCCGACUACGAAUACUUUCUGUGCCACGGCGUCGGUAAGCCCCCCGAGGCCGGAGCGGCGGUCGGCGACGGCGGCGUGGGGGAGGCGGAGAAGCAGCCCACGUCCCGUGGGGAGAGUGACCCCCAGCAGUCGGACUCCUGUGAGCCCGCGUGCACCGGCAGGACGGAAGGCAGCACUGCUCCUCAGUCGGCGGGUGACGAAAGCAACGACGAUGAGAAGAGCGUUGGCACUCACGCGAGGAGGCACAGUGAGAGAGAGGUGGAGCGGGAGGAGGAGCAAGAGGAGAGCAGCGACGAGGAAAUGGAUGACGCGGACGAGGAGGAGGGCAGCACAGACACGAUGGACAGUGAGGAGGUGCGCGAGGCCGGUGGAGACGACGCUGCACCGAGCAAACGACACGACGACCCGCGGCUGGAACGCACUGCCGUGCGCGGGGACGGAACCGCUUCAGGAAUCCGGGCCGAGCGAGCCGAGCGGAGGUCGGGCUCGGACGCGGCAGCGCGGGCGGGUGGCGCGACAGCCAGCAGAGCCGCCGGUGGGAGCCAUUUAGACUACAACUCGUACUUCUUCCCGAAGAACUACGAGGCCAAGGGCAGGCAUCCGCCGUCCAGUCCAAAAAGAGACGCGAAGCGCGACGCUUUCCCGUCGAGCGCCACGAGGCCUGCGCUUAAACAAAAGGCCGCGGCUGAGCGAGACACGGCGUCUGCCCGGCCGAGAACCACAGAAGCGAGGCCCUGGGCGGCGGUGGGUUACCGGGCGGCACCGGGGGCCGCUGACGGAGCUUGGCCGGCGGGGGCCGCAGAGGGAGCGUGGCCAGCAGGGGCCGCAGAGGGAGCGUGGCCGGCGGGAGAUGACGCCGACCCUCACGGUCGCCAUGCAGCGUACGCGGCCGGCGGCGGGUGGAGUGCCUGGUACCGGCACUACUGGCAGUGGUGGUACUAUGCCAACGCCGUGUACACGAGGGAGCUCGUGAAGCGCUGUUAGCGGGCGCCUGCGAUGGUGCUUGCAGGGGGGAGCGGUGUGGUGGUGGCGGCCCAGCGAUUGCGCCUUCGCCGCCCGUCGUUCUUAUCGUUGUUAUUGUUAUUAUUGUUGUUUAUCCGGGAAGGCCUCGCCAGGGCUGGCGAUACUCAUAUUUGAGGAGGGUCCUGCCGAGUUGUCACAGGGGGGUGAUUCUGCUGCUGCUGAGUGAUCUCAAUUGAGUGUUUGCGGCUAAUUUUCACAAUUGGGAUGUUUUGGGCCGAUAUUGGUUUAUACUUUGUGCGUUUGUUUUUUUACCCUUACAUAUGCGGCUUCUGCUUCAUGUUGAACGUUAAAGAUCUCCUGACGUCGAUUGAAAGGAGUAAACUUUUGUUGCCGGUUUCACUGUGCAAAGUGACCCGGGCCUUUAAUUGGCCAGGUUGGCUACUUACGGUUGUGAAAGAACUUCAACAUACACACGUACAUUUUAAAAAUACCAACGCAGGUGAGUUGACUGUGAUUGGUGUACAUAUCACGAUCUUCGCCCCCCCCCACCCUCCACAGGCAGAAUAAACUUCCGAUUGCAGGCCAGGUGCCCGAGUCGCCUCAUGUUGCACAGGGACAGCUGCCACUGGGGGUGUCCCUUUCAAAUGUUUGAGAUGUGUUGGGAGUCACUUAUUGCGCAGGCACAAAGUGACGAUUGCUUUCGUGAAGUGGGGCUUGUCUUGUUCUAGGAGGAAUGUGGUGGGAAUGUUGACAGCGGUCCACCUACAGCAUAGCUACAGCACACCUACACAGCAUAGCUACAGCACCCCUACACAGCAUAGCUACAGUACACCUACACAGCAUAGCUACAGCACACCUACAGCAUAGUUACUGCACAGCUACAUAGCAUAGCUACAGCACAGCUACAGCAAACCUACACAGCACACCUACAGCACACCGACACAGCAUAGCUACAGCAGGGGUGGGCAGAGGGGGGUCAAAUGAGGUGAUGGAUGAAACCCUGCAAACAUUUGUUUUAUUGACACGGUGUAAACACGCGGAAAGUGUCGUGUACUUUGUUUUAAUGUACACCAUGACAUUUCGGGACCAUGUCCCUCUGCAGCCCCGACACUUAGAGCUGCACAUUUUGCAUCCGCACUCCUGCAGCUCCCCACACGAUCCCCACUCACGCACGACUUCUCUCGGUGCGACGUGGGCAGCGCGAGGGUGGCUGGGAGCCCCCCGCGUGCAAGGCAGAGCUCACCGGGUUGCGGUCCGCACGAUGGUUGUUCAUAAAGGACAAAAGAGAUGGAAAAGCGUAUGCAGAUGGUGUGUUGGGCAACCUCUGUGUCUAUAUCUGCGAAGGAACUGAAAUAAAGUGAUUAGUCAAUGAAACGUGUGGCGCCGCAUGGUGUUCACUCACGAUAUUCAGUGUUCACUCAGUAUGCGCUCGCAGUUUUCACUCGGUGUGUUCACUGGCUGUUGUAGAUUGUAGACAGAACGACUCGGAGGUUUGACGAGGAGCCACGGAUGAGCAGCAGCAGCAGCAUCCAUGCAAUGAGCCACUGCCAACAAUUGCCCAAGCUCUGUGGUCUUCCAUCUAUGAAGGUGUUAUCGUCAAUUAAUUAGUGCUAACAUGUGGGAGGAAACCAGAAAAUCUGGAGAAAACUCACAUGCGCGAGGGGAAAUAUACCUAUGUGGGAAUGAGCUAAGCGUUGAGGUAAAUGGCCUGGAAUUCUAGAUCCAAAUUUAUGUAUGUGUAGUGGUAAUGAGGGAGAGUCUUCUUCUCGAGGCAACACGUUUAUUUAACAGUAACAACUAUAACAUGAGGUCCUUAGCACAAAGGGCUAUCGGCCCCUCCGCCCGGUACCCUGGGGAAGUAUAGUAUAGCCUCCGGGCUCGCGUGUCCUACUCACUGGGACCACUUCCUCUAUAUCAGCCCUCCGGCUAGGCGGACCUUGGGGAGGUUAGCUGACCCGACCCAGCCAAGGUCCUCGGUUCCCAGCCACUGGCCCGCUCGGUUCCGGCUCUUGGAAGGUCGUUGGGUCCGGGGGUUCCCAGGAUCCUAUGCUAGGCUGGCUCUUCGGGUCUUCAGCUUGACUGGCAAACCCGUUCAGGGGUCCCCCUUAUAUACACCCCCAGGCUCACUCCGCCCCUGGCCACGCCUAUUCUCGAGAACCUUCUGGAGGGACCUGGACUAUUGCGUAAUCCCCCAGCCCCCACUGGGGGCCUGGGGUGUGUACCUCUGGUUCCC